UUUAUCUCCAUCUUAGAGAGGAUUGACGCAUUAGAACAUGACUGGGACCGUGACAGUCUGAACCGGUGGUACGGUCAUUUCAAGAUGGGUCAUGUUUAAUUUUAUUUCCAGACAGGUAACGAGGAUAAUAGAGAAACUUGAUGCUUGUGCAUGGAUUGCGACAUCAUAGUCAAAAUGAUUCGUUCGAAAGACAGAGGUGAUGUGUUCAGAGCUGUCAGUAGAAUUUACGUGGCUUUUCAUCUUUAUACUAAAGAAAUUAUUUUCAUUAUUUGUACCCGGGCAAUUCAGUGAUAUAGCUGCAUUUAAAGAACCUCGAGCUUGUACGCGAGAGGGUGGGAGAAAUGCAUGUCAACCCCAGAAAUCCGGCUACCUCCAACGUCUCAUACAGCAGCUAAAAUAUAACCAGCGCAGCUAAUGAAAAGAUCGUUCUCUCUGAACCAUGUGUAUAUUUGCGUCUUACUUAUAAGGAACACACUAAUCAGUAAUAUGCCAGCCACCUGACCCCCCCGACCACGGACACACGGACAGGUUGAGCACAGGCAAAGAUGGAGGGCGAGAGGAGUGCCACCGCCACCACGACUACGGGCAGCCCUGGCAGCAGCCCAGCCAACACCUCCGCCCCUGUCCGCAAUACCGCACCCCCCACCUCCCUGUUCAGCAUCCCCGCCGAUCGGCAGGCGGUUCAGGUGAUCCAGCAGGCCGUGCAGCGGCCCCAGAGCAUGGCUGCGCAGUACCUGCAGCAGAUGUAUGCGGCGCAGCAACAGCACCUCAUGCUGCAGACGGCCGCCCUGCAGCAGCAGCAACAGCAGCAGCACCUGGCCAAUGUGCAGCAGGCCUCACUUGCAGGAAGCAGGCAGUCCCCCUCUUCCUCGCCCGUGCCCAGCGAGAGUGUGCCCCCAUCGCCCGGUGCCUCGCAGACCUCGGUGAGCCUGGGGAGACAGUCUUCAAGUGCCAAACCUAUCACACUUCCUGCUGCUCCAGUGACGCAGCAGCUGAUUGGCCGAACGCAGAGCGGCAGCUCCUCUACCAGCGGGGGCACGGUAUCCCAGCAGGCCAUGCUGCUGGGCAAUGGCUCGCCUGCUUGUAGCCAGGCCCAAGUGUAUCUACGGACACAAAUGCUGAUCCUCACGCCUGCCGCCACCAUGACAACGGUGCAGCCUGAGCUCCCAGUGGUGUCCUCUGCCUCCACUCAGGUGGGCUGCCGCCACGUGUGUGCGCGUGGGCGUGUGGCGCCCCCUACAGGGAGGGGCCAGAAGGUCCAGAGUUUGACCCUCCGGACCCAACCCCCUGGCAGCACGCCCGCAGCCCACACUGACCCACUGAAGACCACCACACAAGGACAGAUGGUGGCGCCCCCCCUCCCUAAGAGCCCUACGGGAAUCCCGGGGAACAUUCAGCAGCCGGACGUCACUGCAGAUGGUCCCGGGACUGAAACCCGCGGCAACGACGUCCCCCGGUUACCGCCUGCCCAUCAGCUCGUAGUACCUAGUCCGUACUCAGCAGUUCAGUCUCAGUCGUUGGUGAAGCACCAGUUGCACUGCACACCUGGCCACAAGGGGGCGCACCACCAGCUUAUUAUCCAGCAGCCCACUGCCUCCCACCGGCACGUCCAGCACAUCGCCCUGCGGGUCACCGCACAGGAGACUCCCCCUUGUCAGCAUGGCCUGUCCGUCCCGACUCUGGACAUGCCCACCCCAGGGACGAUCCACUCGCAGCGUAAUACGGUUUCCCUCCCUCCACCCUCUAACUCUGAGCCUGUGCUUCCCGAAACGGUGGUCGUGUCCACGGCGACCCCCCAGUCACCCACCUGCCAGUCGCCUACCCUCAUCAUCCAACCCCAGCCUCCGGUCCUGGUGUCCGGCCCCUCACAUCUUGAUCCGGAGCCCCUCCCUCAGUCUGCACCGAUGUCCAGCCCGGUGCCCCUGACCCAGGUGUCCCAGCCCCCUGUGCCGCCCCCCGCCUCACUGCAGCGCCUCUCCCUGCAGUCGGUGCAGGCCCUGGCCGCACAGUCGGGCCAAAUGCUGCUCUCCGAGGAGGAGCUCCCGGUGGCCGAGGCGCUGGUCCAGAUGCCGUUCCAGAAUCUCCCGCCGCCACAGACCAUCGCCGUUGACCUGAAGGUGCAGCCGAUCGUUCCAGCAGAGGCUCCACUGCCAGCCCAGCAGCUCUGCAAGGUGGAAGGGGUUUGCACGGCAGAUGCGCGGGAGGACCGACUUAGCAGUCCACAGCGGAACAGGACCCCGACGCCGCCGACUCUGUCGCCAUCUGCUGACUUAGAGAGGAACUGCAAUGAUGUCUUGCCCCAUUCGGAUGACUGCACAGCUGUUUCUGGCUUCUCCUGCAUACCGUCAACCGGCAACGCCUCUGUGAUACGAUCCUCCGGGGACCCCCCUUAUAUCAACCGUUCCCCCCCUCCCCUCCUCCCGGCCGUGGUAAGAAGCGUCAGCAAGCACCCCCCAGCCAGCCUACCAGGGGGUCCUGAGAGCCAGCCCCCACAGGCGAUCGUUAAACCCCACAUCCUCACACACCUCAUUGAGGGCUUCGUCAUCCAAGAGGGGCUGGAGCCGUUCCCGGUCAGCCGCUCCUCGCUGGGGGUGGAGCAGCAGGCCACACUGCCUGAAGCCCAGGAGACCAAGGCAAACGGCGCCCAGCCCGACGACACCAUGAUGGACACGGAGCAGCCGGAGAACUCCAGCGACUCGGACGGUGACGAGGUCGUCAGCAUGGCCGCCGCGGGCGAUGUCGUGGACGGUGUGGCAGAGGAGCGGCCAGAGGUGCUGCAGUGCGAGUUCUGUGGCAAGACGGGCUACGCCCACAUGUUCCUCAGGUCCAAGAGGUUCUGCUCCAUGACCUGCGUCCGAAGAUUCAACGUCAGCUGCACCAAACGCAUCGGACUCCUGAAGGCAGACAAAGCUGCGCGCUGGCCCCGGAGGACGGACGGGAGGCGGGGGCGCCCCCCCCGCCGCAUCGACGGAGGCUCCCGGGAUCACUUCCUGCGGCAGAUGGCAGCCCCGUACAGCAGCGGAGGCGAACACCAGCCGUCACACGAGGAGGAUGACGAGGAGGAGGAGGAGGAGCCUCCUGUUCCCAUGACGACAAGGCUUCGGCUACAGACAGAGCGGGAGCGCGUCCGGGAGCGGAACCUGAGGGCGAGCGAGGCCUUAGAUGGCUCGGACGGGGUGCAAGUCCCGGCCUCUAACCCCACCCUGUGGAGCGUGGAGGAGGUCUGGAGCUUCAUCUACAAUUUGCCAGGGUGCCAGGAUAUUGCCGAGGAGUUCCGCUCGCAAGAGAUCGAUGGGCAGGCCCUGCUCCUCCUCACUGAGGAGCACCUCAUGGGCGCCAUGAACAUAAAGCUGGGACCGGCGCUCAAGAUCUGCGCCUGCAUAAAUUCCCUGAAGGAGCCCUAGCAACAGGCCGGCCCGCUUUACACUGCCCCCUGCUGGAGGCUGCGCUCACAUGGAUGACUGUUGACUGUCCCCAGUUGGCUGGUCUGCUGCUCUGCCUCAGAGAACAAGGUUUGUUCUUCUGUCAGACUUUCCCAGUCAUUUACCUAUUGCGCUGCAUCAGGGAAUUACCCACAAUGCAGUGCAAUAGUGUUCGCAAGAGUUAGUCUGUCAUUAGUAGCAUUUAACGCAAAUCCACUUAAAUUGUAAGAGUAUGUAUAUUAUAGGCUCUGUCUAAUAUGACAGUCAUUUAAAACAGUUUUACAUCAUAACGUAUUCUAUGUAACCAUAUUUCACUUCUUUUCAAACCAAAAGGCAUUAAUUGUAUUAACUUAGGACAUUAUUUUAAGACUGUCCACUCAAUACUUACCUUUUCCACACGUCAAUCUGAGGGUCGAGGUCUGUCUUAUAAUGAAUACGGCAUAGGUCAUUUUGUGCACUUACUUCAGAGGUUAUCCAAGUCUUCAAAUGUGACUUUGGGGUAAAAUGAGGCCGGGAACUAAAGGUGUGAAACCAGUUGAGUUAAUCAAUUUGUCAGGGACAUUGUAAUGAUGUAAUUCAUAGCUACCCUUGUAAAUAUUAGACGUUUCAUAUGUAGCAUGUUUCCUUGGCAACAGAUACCUUUUUCUGUUUGAGAUAAAUGCGCUCAUGUAGUCAAGCGUAAAGCAAAACAACAUUCGACCGCAUCUUCUGACCCCACCACCUGAAGGAACCUCAUAUAGUGUCAUGGCAGAAAACAUCGUAAAGAUGAAUGCAGUUUCCUUUCCAGAAAAUAUUUUUCUAAUUUCAAAAAUGUAUGUAAGAACCAGGACAGGGCUGGACAUUUCAGAGGUGAUUUAUAGCGUAUCACACUUUUUAUGGUUUUAAUUAUGUAUGUACAUAUAACAGCACUUAUGAAAAACGCUGAAAUUUAUGUUUCAAUAUGAAGUCUUACCACUAUAGGAUUUUCUGCUACGGUUUGAGUCAUGGAUGAAAGGUGCCUCUCUCUGGCACGUGUUUAAAGAGUGUUCAGUGUGUUUUAGAGUGGCUCCUGCACGUUCUGUAAACAAACAAACAAACAAAAACUCGAGACAGUGGCUCAAACUGUGAUCUCUGAUAUCCAAUGCCUGUUUUUAAAAAUGCAACUCCAUGUAGUAUGAAUUAUCCGCUUUAUCACUUUUGUUCCAACAAAAAUGCACAUCUAACAUUGUAGGUUUUUAUUGUUUCAUUUUAUGUAAUUUUCUUCAAAGGGAAAGAUGUUGAAUUUUUAUAUCAAACAUUGUCUUUACCUUCAAUUCUUAACACAGUAAGCUUUAUAAUUGGAUGUGGUAUCUGAUAUGACUAAAAUAAAAUAAAACUAUAUUAAAAUAUUUAACAUUAAUUUAAUCUUAAUGUUUAACAUUAAUUCUAAAUUUUCAUUUGCAUUUUAUGAAACACUUUUUAAAAACGUGUGACUGAAAGCUAAUAUUAUAUUUAAUAUGAUACAUUCAGUAAAUGAUCUCAUUUAAAUUCAAAUCAUAGACAUGAAGGACUCACGAAUCGACCGCUCAGAUUAAUUUAUAAGUGCCAAAGCAGAGACUAACCGCGUUUCCCGUGUAAAACGUAACAUUUAUCUAUUCAAUAGAUGUUUUCAGUUGACUUUCUGUCGUUUUAAACGGCCUGGGUCGGGUCACUUGAGGUGAUAUCGCUGAAAUGGAUCUUUAUGUUAAAUGUGCGCUUAGCCACACGGAGAGAAAAAAAUUAUCAGAAUGAAUAUUAUUAGAAUGAAACGCCUUACAACGGUAUGUCUAUUAACAUUUUUAACGAAAUACUUCCACAUGAUUUUGACGGACCAGUGGCUAUUAUUAUAAUUAUUAUUUUUUUUUUACAAAAUUAAUUUGCAACGAUGUAAUGGGGGCGGGGGGGGGGGGUAAUUCUAUAUAUAGAUAUAGAAACCUCCGCCUCUCUCCUCUCACUCGUCCAUAAAACCAAACAAUGGAAGAGAAUAAUAUAGAAAACAGUAUAUGAAAAUAGGUUCACAGGGAAAAUUAAGAUUUUAUUGAUCUGCUUGUGGCAGACUAGCAGUUGGUACUAUGCGUAAUAUGAAUCCCUGUAAAGUAUUAGUGAUACUGGACUGGACCAUUCCGGGUUCGUAGGAAACUAUGGCCUUGGCAGCAAGUAUAAGCCCAUCAUGUAUUCAAUACAACUGCGUUUGUUGUUAGUUGUACAAAAAUGAAAAAUAUAAGCUUUCAAAAUAAUAAAAUGUAUUUUUUUUUUGUCUAAAGUACCUUAAUGUCUCACUGUAGCAAUUUUCUUUGUCAACAGACUUAACUGGCCUGCAUGCGGUCGCAUUGUUUAUUCUCGAUCAUUUGUAUAUUUUACAAUGACACCCACGUGCCGGUGGGCUGAAUUGUCGUGACGGCCGUCGGUGCCGUGCUGUGCCGCUUCAGGCUUUUUGAUAAGCGCCUCUCACACAUUCCGCGUUGGACGUCAUUCAGUCAUGCCUGAAAGUGCGUGAUAAGUACACUAAAUGGGAUAAGGAUAUGGAAGGCUGGAUGAACAGGAGCGCCGUGUCCCGUGCAGCGCCUGUCAUGUUUGGAGUGUCUGAGGGAGGGAAGAAAGAUCGUUUUUGAGUGAUUGCGGAGAAAUUUACUUUCAGGAAUAUAGCAAUUUACCUUAGUUUGGUUCCUGCCACCGUCAUGCUUUCUGUUAGAGAAUACAAAUGUGACUAACAGUAUUUAGUUGUAAUUAUAGACGUAUAAAGAGGGUGAAAAUGCCAGAAUCUGUACUUUCAUCAUAGCACCUUAAAAUUGCACAUUUGUGUGUCUGUUUUGCACAAUUUUAAUAUAACGAAAUAUUGUUCUAUGUUACUACAUUGUACUCUCCUCUGAGAUUUGAAUGUAUAACGAAAAAUAAGUUUUAAUUGUAUUUAUACUUUUGUUUUAUAGAACAGUAGUGCAGUGUUCUCCAAAGUAACAGUGAGGUAUGAAAAAUAAAGUAGAACCUUGGUACAUC